AUGGACCAUGUGCCCAUGGAGUUAGUUGUCUUCGCCCCCAUCACGGGCGAGCAGCGCCGUUUGGCCGUUCCCACGGAGUUCAAGAGGGACUUUCUCCAUGCGGCGGUGCUCUGUGCUGCCGACGAGCUUGGCCAUGUGCAUGGCAGCUGCCAUUGGAGCCCAUUCAAGGUGGUCUUGGUGUCCAUGUACAGAAAGGAUAAUCGUCCGGUCGCUUGUGUUUACUCCUCGGAGGCUGGUGUAUGGGGCAAUAUCAUCUUCACAUAUGCUCGUUCUGAGCUUGCUGAUGCUAAUCCCGGAGUUCUUGUUGGUAAUGUCCUUUACUGGUCGUCUAAGUCUAUUGAUGCCGGCCAACGUUUGCGGGAUUUGGAUAGGCGCACAAACGACAUAAUUGAGUUUGAUUUGGAUACACAUAGCCUAGCUGUGAUCAAGGGGCCUCAUUGUCUUAGUAACUCACUCAGACAUCAGAUCUUCAAGGCAGAGGAUGGUUCUGUUGGUCUCACCAUGUUGUUUUAUGGUAGAUUCACAAUGUGGCGGAGGAAGAUUGAUUGUCAUGGUGUUGCCACAUGGUUAAAGCACAAGAGCAUUCAAAUGCAUCCUAUUCUUGGGCUCUCUCAUCACCUUGUGAUAUCGCCGAGAUGGAUAGAUGUACUGGGGUAUGAUGAGGAUAAUGGUGUAAUAUUUUUACAUGUGGACGCCAGUGUCUACAUGGUUCAACUGAUGUCGAUGCAAUCCAAGAAACUUUAUCGAAGCUAUUGUCCCAAUAAUAGAUGUCACCCUUUCACAAGUUUCUAUGCACCAGCCAUUCCUGGUGUAUGCGAUGGAGCUGAAAUGUUGCACGAUACGUAG